GUCCGUCCGUCGUGGGCAUCAGCCUGUCUGUCUUGUCUGUUGGUGGGUCCUUUCACGCCAUCUGUCGAUCAUAUCGAUCAUACCACCAUCCGUCCACCCUGUCCAUCCAUCCAGUCCAUCUUGCCUCUCACGGCACGCCAACUAGCGUCAUCACAUCCCUCAGUCAGGGCGUGAGAGGCCUCCGAAGUCAGGUCGUCCUCAUCGAAUCGUGCUGCUGUCUGUGUGGUCUGGCGGGCUGUCACCUCUGCAAUCAGCCAAAGACACACACGGCACAGCCAACAUGAAUAGGGUGCACUGACGAAGGAGGGAAGGGAUGGAAGCCGAGUUCAUGAGUGUCUCAUGCACCUACGCCUGUCAGAGUCGAAGGCCGUACGUCGGUUGAUUCUCUCGUGGACCUGGUUGGUAGGCCGGCUAACCAUCUGGCCGUUGCUCCCCCAUUCAGCCCCUACAUUCAACCAGAACAGACACAACACAAUCGACAUGAGGGAGGUACACCGGGCAGAGGUGGAAUGGAGACACGGCGUGGCAUGGCGUGGCUGUCUCACGUCCGUCAGUGUUGGCCUCUAUGCCCACCCACCCCCGACCUCCUGCCGCGUUGCGAUACUCCCAGUGGGGCCCCUCGCCGUGGCGCUCAUAGGCCAAUCCACAGCCGCCAUGCGCUUCGAUCGUGGUGGUUUUGGUGCUCCGCUGUGGCGCGUACUUGUUGUUGUCCUUCUCGUUGUGGGGCCCUCGCAUCAGUCCGAUGCCGAGACGGACCAGCUCCUGCGGUCCAACCACCAUGCCGUCAUAUAGUGCGUUGGCGAAGCGUGCACCGAAACUCCCGCACUGCUCCCGCCAUUGGGGCUGCUCCGCUCUCUCUGCCUCCCACCGAUCCCGCUGCGCCAUGACACGCUUCUGGGCUCGCUGUUGCUCCUGCGCUCGUGUCUCCUCGAUGAUGCGGCGCUCCCGCUGUGCCAUGGCACGGUUCUGCCAAGCCUUCUGGGCUCGUUGCUGCUGUUCCGUUUGCUGCCAGAUCCGUACUCCCUCUCUCACUUCUGCCAGCCGCUCCGUUUCUUCAGUCCAGCGCUGAGGAUCUUCCCACGGCCGCACGGUGAGAGUCGCAAAGGAGCCAGGAUACUUCUGCUUCAGGGCCUUCUCGAUCUUUACGAGGUCGUCCUGAAGCUUGGCUGUCGAUGCGGGAUUGGCACACGUUGUGUAGCCCUCAGUCAGGGCGUGAGAGGCCUCCGAAGUCAGGUCGUCCUCAUCGAAUCGUACUGCUGUCUGUGUGGUCUGGCGGGCUGUCACCUCUGCAAUCAGCCAAAGACACACACGGCACAGCCAACAUGAAUAGGGUGCACUGACGAAGGAGGGAAGGGAUGGAAGCCGACUUCAUGAGUGUCUCAUGCACUUACGCCUGUCAGAGUCGAAGGCCGUACGUCGGUUGGUUCUCUCGUGGACCUGGUUGGUAGGCCGGCUAACCAUCUGGCCGUUGCUCCCCCAUUCCCCCUUCUCCUUCGCUGCUUGGGGCUCAGCCGUUUUACUUGCAAACGCGUCCGGGUAUUCCCGCCUCAUGGUCGUGUCGUUGGUGGAUAUCGUUGGAAACAUUUG